AGUAACCUGAAUGCCGUACCCAGUGGAAUUAUACCACAUCCUAAAUUACAGCUUCAAAUGGGUAAUCUUGCUUUGAAGUUUCCUGUCUGGCCUGUGGUAUUACUCACCCAGCUGAUGUCAGAAGACAGUAAUAGUUGAAUUCCAGAUUUCUAAAAAUCAGCAUUACCUAAAAUCUUCCUUGCAGUGGCUAUUGGGGGAAAAAACAACACAACCAAAAUUAAAACUUAAGAAAAGCUAUGGUAGCUGCAAACUUUAGCUAUUCCAUUUAUAAGUCAAUCCUUCCUUCAGUGAUAAAAUUACUGUAGUUCUAAUUUCAAUAUAAUUGAAAGUGUCAUACUAAAAAUCCUGAAACACAGUUUUGUCUUAACACAUUUGAUCAAAUUAUUUUCCCUUUCCAUUUCUCUAUACAUAAUUCUUUGGAAAAUGCAGCAAGUGAAUCUUGCUCAUAUAGACUAGUUAACCAAUUCAUGUCAAAAGGAAGAAAAUGUUAAGUGUAAUUUACUACUGAAUCAGGAGAGGGAGUCUAAGAACUCUGAAAAUCACAUUCGGGGGUGGAGUUAUUGCCUUUGGCUGCUCCACCCUCACUUUGUGUCAGCAGGUAGAAAGUGCUUGUAGUCCUAGGGGAGGGAAGCCAAGAGCACAAGCUACAAACUACUUUUGCCUUCCAGGAGCUAAGCCAGUUGUGAUUUUCGGGAAAGAAGACUUUUUCAAGAGCUCUGCAGAACUUUUCAAGUUCACUUCAUCCCACUGGGCCCUGUUUUGCCUUUGAAGAACGAUUGCAUUGUGUUUUUCAUGCAGUCUUCUGAUGGAUAUCUGCUGUUUCAAGCAACUGCCAUCCUGCGUACUGUUUAGAUAUGCCUACUAUGUUUGCUGAAAGAAGGAAAGCCUACUCAAAUUCAAAAGGAGUUUCCAGAAAUUUUCCUGGAUUUUUAGCAAGAUUUUUAAGUUGUUUUUGGAAACUAGAUUUCAGCCACGCCUGACUCACAAGCCUUCAGCCGGGAGUCUAUUUUUCUUUCUGAUUCAGACUGGAAUUUCACAUUUACCUGUAUAAAGAGUUUCUGUGAGUUUUCCCUACUUCCCUUUCCUUACCUGAAAUUCGUAGGUAAGAUUCAGAAUACAUUUUGAUAAUUGAAAUAUUUUGUCCAAGAUUUUUCAAAAAGCUGCCGGAUUUUUUUUCUUGUGGAUUUUUAGAGGCGCAACUAUGUAACAGGUUUGCAUACCAGUUUAAAUUUAUUUUUUUCUUUCUCUGAUCAGUUUAACUGAUACAUUUCUGCAGCUUUUCUAUAACUAUAAUCACAAGCAUGCUUUUUAAUGUUUAAUUGUGUUAAUUUGCAUUUUACUUCUAAAAGGAAACACAUUCUGAGAUUUGCACAGCUAUGAAAUAAAACACAGGUGUAUCUGUAGUUGUUUUUCCUGUUUUUUUAGCUUCCAAGUUCUGGAAAACAUCUGAGAAAUGCCUUUUUUAUUUCAUAAAUUUGGAGAGCCACGGACUAUAUUUUCUGUAUUAAAAAUGACAAACCGCUGGAAAAUUCCAACUUAAAAUUUUUUAAUUCAACAAAGUGAGUGAGGCAUUGCAGGCAUGCAAAUAUGAAAAAAAGAUCAAGCAGAUGACAAUGAGUAAGAAAAACCAAGUUUGCAUUCAAAUUCCUAAAUGCAAGUACAUGCAUGGUUACUCUGUGCUUUAAUGUGUGGCAUAAAUAGAGAAAAGAAUAUAUGAAAAAAGCAAUUCACUUUUCAGGAGUCAACAAGGGCUGCUAAGGUCAUCUGAUACCAGGUUUGGUCCUGUUUGCCAUCCUAGGAUCUAAAAGCCUGAAAGGAUUUGAGAAGCUGAUAUUGUCUUCCAUGGGGAACUGUCUAAAAUCAGGUAUAGCAGUAUUCCUAGAAGAAACCAAGAGCUCUUCAUACCAUAUGCUAUUCAUACCCCAUUGGUUUUUCUCACCAUGUCUGAAUUUAUCUGGAGGAGGAGGAGGAGGAGGAAGACCUGAUCUGGGGUUCUUAUAAUCUUGUGAAGCUCAAGGAUUUUACAAACACGUGGCAUGAAGAAACUUUGAGAAAAGGGGGAGAGGAAAGCCUGGAAGAAGCUCCAGGUAACUACCCUUUGCUUCUUGUUUGCCCCAUUGACUGCAGUUGCAGAGGGCUAUAAUCCUCAACAAUUUUACCAGUUGUUGGAACCUGCUGGUGGGGUGAGGACACAUUCCUAAGCAGUAUGUGUGGCCAGAGCACACUGCUGCAGCUGGGAGCAUGAGUGUUGGCCCCCAGCUACAGCUGGCAGUCCUCUGGCCUUGGCUGCUAAUGGCUAUGCUGCAGAUACGACUAGGCUACUCGGGACUGGCACUGGUGGCAGCAAUGGAAGCCGAGCAGACUUUGGCCCAGAAGGCAAUAAUUCGGGUAAUUCCUUUCAAACUGGAACCCCUCACACUGGAAGGAGUCUUUGCUAGCAUUGCAGAGAUCACCCCUGCUGAAGGCAAACUGUUGCAGUUCCAUCCCCUGUCUUUGUGUAAUACCAGCGAGGAUGAACAUACUGUUCCAGGAUUUGUCUCCAUUGUCAAACUGGAAAGGCCUGAGCGGGAUCUCCGGCCAUGCCUAUCAUUGGCCAAUAAGGCAAAACUGGCAGGGGAGAGAGGAGCUCGGGCUGUUCUUUUUGAUAUUACAGAUGACCAGAGUGCUGCUGACCAGUUGAGGAAGCCUCAAGAGCUGAGUCAUCCUGUUGUUCUGAUCUGGGGCCACAAUGCUGAACUUCUCAUGAGAGUGGUGAACAAUAACCGUGAAGCCCAUGUGAAGAUUGAGGUGAAGGAAAUGCCAGCUUGGCCAGAUUACGAUGUUUGGAUACUCCUCACUGUUGUGAGUACCGUACUGGUCAUUGUUGUAAUCUUCUUCGUUCGCACUCGUUGCCAGCCAAGCAGAAAUCAGACGAAUGUGCAGGAAACGACCAUGCAAGCAAUCAACCGGCUGGCCAUACGGAGGUAUCAAACCCCCCAUCGGCAUGCCCCAACAGGGGACUCUGUUAGCACCUGCAGUUCUCCUCCCAUAUGUGCAAUCUGCUUGGAAGAAUUUUGUGAGGGGCAGGUAAGCUUACAUUUCUGGGUUUCGGAGUUCUCAUAUAGAUUCUCAGAUCAAAUAAGCAGGCCCUUCAGAGUCCACUAUGGUGAGUGAGAAGAAGAAUGGCAAACAGAAUGCCUCCUGUUUUUAGAGCAAGGUGACAACCAAGUCUAGCCAAUCUGGAUGAAGUGAUAAAAAAACAUGGCUCUUUACAUGUGCAUUCUAUAUUCUAGAGCAGGGGUGUCAAACUCAACUUCAUUGAGGGCGGCAUCAGGGUUGUGUUUGACCUUGGGGGCCUGGGGUGGGUGUGGUCAAGGAGGGCAUGGCCAGUUUGACAUCACUCACGUUGGGGGCACCUAUGGUGGCUCGAUAGCUCUGCCAGCGAAAACAGAGCUCAGGUAGGCCACCUUUGGCCCUCGCAUGCUCUGUUUUCAGCUGCAAUGGCCCCCAUUUUUGCUGGCAGACGCACUGUAGGCCGGUCCUUCGCUGUUUCUAGGGCAGCCCCAGGGGCCGGAUCUAAGUGCCCUGCGGGCUGGAUCUGAUCCCCAGGCCUUGAGUUUGACACCCCUCUG